AUGUUCCGCACCUCCUUGAUCCGAAGCUCGAUUUCGGCGCGAGCGGCCAUCGUACGACCGGCCAACGUUCAAGCGGCGCGGAGAGUGGGUGUCGAGCAGCUACAGAAGAGACAAGCACACGCUGUCUCGAGCCCAACGCUCGCGGAUAUCGAGAAGAGAUGGGAUGGAAUGCCACCGCAGGAGCAGGCCGAGUUGUGGAUGGAGCUGCGCGAUCGCAUGAAGACUGAGUGGACUCAGCUGACGCUACAGGAGAAGAAGGCUGCUUAUUACAUCGCCUUCGGUAACCACGGUCCCCGUGCCCUCCCCCCUCCAGAUGAGGGCUGGAAAGUUGCUGGAUACACGGCUGCCGCCUGUAUUGUCAGCACGAUUAUCUUCGUGAUAAUCCGUGCCUUUGGUAGCCCAGAACCACACACUAUGAGCAAGGAGUGGCAAGAGGCUUCCAACGAAUACUUGCGGGCACAAAAUUCCGAGCCCAUCUCCGGUCUCUCGUCCGAAGGCUACACUGGCAAGGGAAUGGUACAGAGUCCCCCAAAUAAGAAGUAA